AUGCCUCUCAUGUCGCGUCGCCGCAGCACUCUGGACACCCUCUUAAACGACAUCCGUAGUAAUGCCCAGGAAGAUGCUGCCACCACAAACUCGGGCUAUGCCACUCCCGUGCCAAAUACACAUCGUCCCAUGAGUGCCCAGGACCCCAUCUCCCCCAUGGACGCCCUCAGUCUUGGCCCACCUUCUCCGCCCAUCCAGACGGCCACUUCGUCUACGGCUCGCUUUAGCAUGUUACGGUGGAGGCACUUCUCCGAUGGCCAGCUCUCAGCCAAGGCGAGACUGCAUGCUGAAGCUGACAAGACUCCUCCGGUGCCCCAAGUUCCGCUUGAACAUCAGUCACAGACUCCAGUGCCAACCCCCCAGAUCAUCACCACUGCCCCGACCAUGGACGAGCACAAUCACCCUACACAUCGCGCCCGGAAAGCAAAGAGUCCUUUCAAGCGUCAGAUCUCGAAGCUCAGCCCCUCGAAACAGCGUCGAGAGUCGACCGAAGACCACCGACCAUGGCGUAGAGGCCGCUCUGUGGAUAUCGAUCGGCUCGUUCCCGAUGUUUUUGCUCCGCCACCUUAUGGCGACGAAUCAAAUUCGGCUCUGGCAUUGCCCAUCACUCGUUUGUCCGACUCGUCAGGAGAACAGAGGAGCUCAGGGGAGCAUGUCACAUAUGCUACGACCACCACUACCCAUACCAUCUCGACUACCACAACCCUGUUCAAGCUUCCACGCCGCAACAAGAAAAAUAAGUCACUGUUCCCUCUACCUAGCAAAUCGGCAUCUUCGCAGAUACCUCCUGAGACAGAAAGUCCCCACGGCACGCCCCGUCCUUCGACCAGCGCUAUCUCGACUCACUCCAACAUAGAAUCCCCCGAAAGACAGAGACGACCUCCUCCUCUCAGCGCUCUUCAGCGACGCCACACCGAAGCCUCACGACCGCGCCUUUUCCUCUCAUCUUCACCCGCACCUGCUCAGCUCGCAAGAUCAUCAAUCGCGGCUCUUGCUACCCACGGGGGUGCUCCAUUGUUCCGGAACGACUCAAGUAACUCUACACACUCCAAUGGCUCGUCGCCCGUUCUCAACCCGCCUCGUCGAUUCGGCUUGCGAGAUAGAUCCUCAACCGUGAGUUCGUUCGGACGCCGAUCUGAGGAUCGUACCCCGCCUACACCGCCCAUGCCCUCCAGCGCUCGCAAUUCGACCUCAACCUCAGGUAGAACUAGUCUGGGUGGACUUUUAGGAUUCAACAGAUUCCGACACAACUCUGACCUUCGAGACCGCAACUCUUCACCUGGCUUUCACACAAAAUCCAACUCGCUGUCUCCUAGCGUAAACGAGCCUCUGGUCAUACCAGAUCGCGAAGAGGGCGACACCCCCGGCAAAUAUUUGGAAAGAUUGCAAGUUGCCGUAUCUCGUAGUCUCAUCGCGGGAAUACUAUCAAAAUCAGCCGACCCAUUUGCACAAGCCGUUCUGCGGAGUUACUGUCGCAAGUUUUCUUUCUUCGGGGAACCUAUCGAUAUGUCUUUGCGCAAGUUCCUGCUGGAGGCAGAGCUGCCGAAAGAAACUCAACAGGUAGACAGAGUUGUACAGGCCUUCGCAGAUCGAUACCACGAAUGUAACCCUGGAAUCUUCAUGUCGCCUGAUCAAGCUUACAUCAUAGCUUUCUCACUGAUGAUGCUGCAUACCGACGCGUUCAACAAAAACAACAAGAGGAAGAUGCAGAAGCAUGAUUACAUCAAGAACACUAGCGGUCAGAAUGUCUUAGACGACGUGUUGGGCUGCUUCUACGACAACAUUUGCUACACGCCUUUCAUUCACUUUGAGGAAGAGGUAGAUAUCAAUGGUGAACGACUCCUCACCUUCAAGCCAAAGAAGAGUAAGCUUCGGGGUAGUAUACCUGAUCCUGGAAGGAAGAACAGUGGACCAAUCGAUCCUUAUGCUCUGAUCUGCGAUGGCAAGCUGGACUCACUGAGGCCUUCUAUCAAGGAUUCGAUAACCAUGGAAGAUCCCUACAGCUAUUUGGGCACUGCGAACUUCUUCGAUAUGAAAAGACUGCAAAAGGCUUUCGUGAAUACCGCUAUUCUUCAGAUCAUCUCUGCUCGCUCUAGGCCCGCUGCUUUCGAGUCCCAAGCUACUCGCGACAAUCCUAGCGAGUCAGCUAUAGGUCUCGUAGAUCUCAAGGUCACGAAAGUCGGCGUCCUGUGGCGAAAGUCCACAAAGCGCAAGAAGACAAGAUCUCCAUGGCAGGAAUGGGGUGCCAUCUUGACCGGAUCUCAAUUGUACCUCUUCAAGAACGUCACUUGGGUCAAGGGUUUGAUGUCGCAGUAUCAUACGCACGUCAAGCAAGAAGGCACCAACGCGCCCGUCAUCUUCAAACCACCAAUUCAAGAUUUCAAACCAGACGCUCUCAUUAAGACAGACGACGCUGUUGCUUUGCUUGAUCGUAGUUACCUGAAGCACAAAGACGCUUUCACAUUGGUCCGUCACGGCGGACAAGAAGAAGUCCUGCUCGCUGAGAACGAAUCCGAAGUCAACGAUUGGAUCGCUCUGAUCAACUACGCUGCUGCUUUCAGGUCUGCUGGUGUGAGGAUUCGUGGAUUUAUCGGCGGAACGGACACCGACGUCACAAUCAACAGCCGUGGUAGGCUCAAUUCGACAGCUUCCGUCGAUUCUUCGAUCAACGCAUCUAUUGGCUCAGCCCUGAACUCGACUAUAACACACGACGGACAGAUUACUGUGGGAAAGAGGGACCUUACUCCGCAACUCGUCAGACAAGUGUUGGCUGCUCGACGACAGAUUAUGUUACAAACUAUAGUGGAGUCGGAAAGAGAGGUGACCGAUGCAAUCAGGAACCUCGAGAACAUGAUGCGCAACGCUCGACACCUACUUCUUCUUGCUCCCAUACAGCCAAAGACAAGAGAAGAUGUGUGUCAUGCCACUGCUCGGAUGGACGCUAUGCUGAAAUGGGUCAGACGUGACAUCUGGCGAACAAAGUGUCACAGAGACAUCCUCUCCCUAGAUUUGCAAGAAGAUGGGGACAUAUUCGACAGUAAGUUAUCGAGUUCGAUAGCGAAUAACCGCAAGACUAGUGGUCUUCAGAAGACGGUCUCGAAGACUAGCUCUGCCAUAAGUCAGCAACCACAUCCCCAGUCACCAACCCAUUCUUCUCGACCAAAUGGCGGAGAUGGCCAGGGCGAGGGCUUUUUCAACAGGGACGUUUUCAAAACACCACCAGAACAUGCCCUCAGGUUCGGAGAUGCUUGGCAACUUCCUAGUAGCCCACUGGAACUCAACAGCGCACAAGACGAUCGUCGUCCUUCGACUGCUAGUGUCCCGCAAUCUGUCAUUCGUAAGCACAGCGUUGCUGGCAUGUCAGUUGCGUCUAGUGUGCAGGAUGGAGACAGAUAUCUUUCAUCUGCUGCUUCUGAUGCUCAAUCACGCCAUGGUCGCUUGACACCUACCCGGAGUUAUGAGACCCGGGAUCACGAAGCUGCUCUUCUUGCACGGGAUCCACUAGCCCCAUCCACGUCUGCCGCCACGCAUUCUACCGCCGGAAUUUCAGAAUCUUCUCACGCGACUCCAGAAAGUGCCUCCAAGCUCAAGAGUGGAAGAAGAAGUCUGCAUCGUACGCUGCGAGAUGGUCGCCAUGACACAUCUGCGUCUCAACGUCAUCGCAGGGGCAAGGAGAGUGCCAGCACAAUCCGCUCGGACGGAAGCCGUGCCGAUGAUUCUGUCGAGGCUACUCCUGGUUUGGAGAGGACAGCGACAAGAUUCAUGGUCCAUGGCAAGCAAGCCUCGGUCGUAACUUUUGGUGCGGACUGGGCAGAAGAGAAAAUGCGGCGCGAACUUGCCCGCAAUCACUCUGCAUCGACACAAAAUAGCACAGAGGAGAGCGGACCAGAUGCCAACUUACAAUAUCAUGUCACUCAAGCUCUCUCAUCUUUCAACCAAAACGAUACUUCCAAUUCGGACGGACCAGGAACGAUGAAUGUCCGCAUUCCUACCGUACACGAAUGGCAAGCUGAUCCAGCUGACAAGACACCGACUGCUGCGGUCGAGAAGUCAUUACCCGAUCCUUUCAAUCUUCAGCAUGAGCUGACUACGCCCACUCUGAUGUCGAGCGAUGACGAUCUCGACUCUUAUUUCGACGCGAAUAGUCCGCGCUCAGACAGAGUGCGCAAUACCUCACGCAAGUUCUCUGAGUCAAAUGGGCUAGAAGACGCCUUGAAUAAUGCAAGAGAAGCGGUCCUUCCCGAAGAUCUUCCUCUUCCAUCAUCACCCCCUAUGGCUGUCGAGCAGGAUCAUCACGACGACAACACCAUUCCCUUCUCGCGAUACAUUGAGAACGGAAAACUGCGUGAACUUGCUUCACCAACAAAAUAG